UGCGACUACAUAGCAUCCUGGUUUCCUAGAGGACCAGCCAGAAGCGCAGCCAUGCAUGAAUUGAGCUCAAUCUACCCUUCAGAACACUCGAAAGACGACAUAGACACGGCUGAUAGCGCAUCCAUAUGCGAUGGCGGUGCCGAGCAGGACAAGCUACUCUCUACUUCCAGUCGUAUCCCAGAAGAGGACGAGGAGGGGCCUUGUUUGUACGAGUCAGCGCAGGAGAGCUUCGCAAAGGAUCCGUUUAGACCGUUCCCUUUGCCCGGCUCCUCAAGUGCCCGGCACGAGAAGAAGAUUCUAACCUUCCGAGCACUGCUUGUUGGGAUCUCGUGCGGUGCUUUGGUGAAUGCAUCGAACAUAUAUCUGGGUCUCCGAGCUGGCUGGACCUCGUCAGCAAACAUAUUUGGCUCGAUUAUAGGGUUUGCAGUGCUCAAAUCAUGGUCUUCCUAUUUUGCGCCCUCAUCUUUACUAGGCGGUUUCUUCGGGCCACAGGAGAACAACAUUGUUCAAACGGCUGCUACGGCUGCUGGGGGUCUAUCGAGUGUGUUUGUCUCUGCAUUCCCGGCAAUGUAUCAGUUGAAUUUGCUUGAUACCCCAUGGAGAGACUUUCUACGUGUUACCGUGCUUACUGCAGCCGGUGGAUAUUUUGGUCUAUUCUUUGCAACGCCUCUGCGUAGAUUCUUUAUUUUCCAAGUUGCUAAGGAGCUCAAUCUUGUCUUUCCAUCUUCUUCCGCGACCGCAAUCACGAUUUCAGGCAUGCAUCUUGCCGCUAGAGGGUCAUGGCUGGCCCGUCGGAAGAUGGUGGCUUUAGCGUUUGCUUUUGCAUUUGCAUUGGUGCUUAGGGUUAUGUCUCAAUAUGCUCCUGGAAUUCUUUGGGACUGGCAUAUUUUCACUUGGCUUGCGCUUUCAGGGGUUUUACCUUCGACUAUGUUUGCCAUUCAGAGCUGGGGUUGGUUUAUAGAGUGGACACCGGCGUUUAUAGGUACUGGAAUGCUAGUUGAUAUGAACGUUGCAUUGUCUUUUGUUUUUGGAUCUGUGUUAGCAUGGGGUAUUAUCGGGCCAUUUAUUACAAAACACGGACUUGCAUUUGGUGAACCGGUUUCAGAAGAUAGUAAAUGGGAUGGGUUGAUGUCAUACAUCUCUUUCUCAAAGGAGUUUGCCAAUGCAACUCAUCCUAGCCCUAGGUAUUGGCUUCUAUGGCCUGGAGUUGCGUGUAUGAUAGUUGUCGGAUUCACAGAGCUCGCCUGUCAAUGGAAGGUUUUCUGGCUUACAGGAGUAGAGAUAUACAAAGCCUGCAAGAACAUACUGUCGCGGCUGCAAGAAAGCAGGCAUAAAUAUGGACCUCUCACUGAAGAAGAAGAUCUCAAGGUAGAUCAAGCUAUCAAUGGAGGAAUUAAAAUGUGGAUGUGGUUACCGGGACUUAUUGCUGUCCUUAUAUUGACCUGUGUGGUGAGCAAACUGCAGUUCGAUAUCCCAGUUGCUUCUUCGAUUCUCUCACUGGUCCUGGCAUUCACCUUUUCAGUCAUUGCCAUCCAAUCAACAGGCGCAACAGAUAUUACACCCCUUAGUGCCAUUUCAAAGGCCUCCCAGCUAGUUCUAGGAGCGACAACUCGUGGCCCAGAGUGGAAACUAGAGAGUUCCCAAAAGGUUAACUUACUCGGAGGAGCUUUAGCUAGCAUAGGUGCCAAUCAAGCCUGUGACCUCACGGGAGAUUUCCGAGUCGGAUUUCUGCUUAACACUCCGCCAUGCACACAGUAUGCUGCCCAAGCCAUAGGAACAUUCUUCGCCGUCUUCCUCGCCCCUGCGGUGUUCUCUGUGUUUGCUAGUGCAUAUCCUUGUAUUCUAUCUACAGGUGAUGAAACACAUAGCAAGAACGGAACCACGGGUCAGACGUGCCCAUUUACAGCCCCUGCUGCCUCCGCGUGGCGUGCAGCAGCAGUGGCCGUAACAGAUCCCGAAUUUCCCGUCCCUAAAACCAGCGUACAGUUCUCCAUAAUGAUGUCUGUCAUAGGCUCAAUUGUGGUCCUGGUUCGGCAUCAUCUGUGGAUAGGCAAAUGGGCAUGGAUGCGUAACUACCAUCCAAAUAUGAUGACUAUGGCUAUGGCCUUUCUUAUUCCUACCACGCAGUACAGUACGGCCAUGCUUAUUGGUACAGUGAUAGCCAUGGUAUGGAAAAGAAGGAAUAGCGGCUCUUUUGAAUCAUACGCGUAUGCUGUAGCAGCAGGAUUCAUGGCCGGUGAAGGAAUUGGUGGCGUAAUCAAUGCAGCCUUGACCAUAAUUGGCAUCGACGGUGCACAUCUAGGAACCAGUAUUGGCUGCCCAGGAGGCGAAUGUUGA